UUAUAAGAAGCAUUCUACUUCACUCAAAAUCGACAGUUUAAAAUUAGAAAUUGACGAAGGAGAUCUUAAAAAUUAUUCAACGAAUACAUCAAAGAAAGAAAUCGAAUUGUAAAAAAUGUUCAAAUUAGCCAACUUAGUAGUGUUGAUGUCAACAUUUUGUGUUAUUGCCAUUGCCGCACCAUAUCAAGAACUGCCACCCAAACCUGGGUAUGUACCAGUUUAUAUCAGAGAAGGAGAUACACCUUUAAGUCAGGUAAACCCAAUAUUAGUUGAAGCUUUUCAUGAGGAUGAGGAAUCUAACCUAUUAAAUCUAGAGACCGAAAUUCAAAGAAAAAAUAAGAUUACUACUAAUAAUAAACCAGAUGAAGUUGCUGAAAACGUAGAAGAAAAAGCUGUUAAGGAGGAAACAAACGGACAAACGAAGCAAUUAAGUGAAGAAAAAUACGAAAUCAAACAGAUAAAAGAACAUGAACAACAAGACGAGAAACUAUUAAAAAAAGACGAAACUCCCGCUUCCGAUAUUGCGGAAUUUACUAAAGAUGAUAUCAAAGUAUUAGCUGACGCAAAAUAGAUAAUUAGUUAAAAUUAUAUACACCAUUAAUCAUUAAUUAUAAAAAUAAUAUGUAUAAUUAAUAACAGCUUCAAUUAGAAAAAAAUAAAUGAAAUAUAUAUAUAUGUACGUA